GACUUCUUGCAUGGUGGUCAUGGGAAGGGCUAUGGAGGCUCCGACGUGUGUUACAAUGGGGUUUAAAGAUCAUACGAAUAUCGUGAAAGGGAAGCGAACGAAGCGUUCGAGGUCUCAAUCGCCUAUCCCUUUCGCCAUUGCAUGUAACGAUUAUAUUUGCGAUGAAAAUAGUCAUGAAGGGAUGAAGAAUUAUAGUCAAUAUUUGUCACCUUCCUCAUCUUCAUUCGAAUAUUUGGACAGCACCACCGAGGAAGAAGAAGACAUGGCCCACUGCUUGAUCUUCCUGGCGCAAGGCCAACCCAGAGAAUCGCAUAAAACACGAGGCGCCAUGAAAUUCAUUAGCAGAAAGUUCAUGGAAGCUACUUCUAAUGGGACAGGCAAGGCCAGGCACAACGUUUUCGAGUGCAAAACAUGUAACCGAACAUUCCUUUCAUUCCAAGUGCUUCAUGGUCAUAGUGCUAGCCAUAAGAAGCCCAAGGCAGCCAUGUACAUAGGGCUAUUCAAAGCAGCAAGGGAAGAUGAAGGUCCUAAUAAUAGAGGUUUGAAUGGAAAUGAUAGUAGAGUUAUGGUUCAUGAAUGUUCCAUUUGUGGGGCUGAGUUUGCCUCUGGACAAGCCUUGGGAGGGCAUAUGAGAAGGCAUAGAGGGUCAGUGUGUACCGUUAAUGUUAACGUUAUUACAGCUGACAAAGCCUUCUCUCUGACAGUUCCAUUGGCAAUCGAAUCUGAGAAACCUAAGAAACCACGAAAUGUUUUGUCUCUAAGCUUGGAUCUCAAUCUUCCUGCCCCGCAAGAUGAUCUUCCGGAUUCCUAA